CAAUCGGUUUUCUGUUGCUGAAGAAUUAAGACUCGCUUCACUUUCUAGUCGGUUAUUAUUUGACUUCUCCAGGCUUCACUGAAAUAUUUUGUCUAAAAUGGAGGACAUGUCAAUGGUUCAGACACUGAGGAUUUGGAAAGAUGGCGUGACUUUCAUGGAAGAAGGGAACUUUCAAGAUGCGCUUAUGAACUUUAUGGCCUUAGAAGGGAGAACAGAUUCUUCUCAGCAUCUUAUCACUUCAGGAAGAAAUCUGUUCAACAUUGGACAAACGUACUUAGCUCUUGGAAGAAUGGAUAUGGCAGCAAAGGCUUUUGAGGAGUCUGUAGAAAAAGACAAAAUGAUGGCAGUUGCUCAUUUUAUGUUGGGGAACAUCAAUUUGUCUUUGGACAGGAAUGAGAAAGCGCUGACAAACUUUGAUAAUGCUUACUUCUAUUUGCGUGGAAACAAAUUGAUUAAUUAUCAACAACUUGGAUUGAAGGCUAAACUCUACUUAUGUGAGAUCCUAGCCAACCGGGCUAUUGCACACUCCAGGUUGGGUGAUGUUCAAGAAGCCAGAAAUGAUUUUUUGAUGGCUUUACAAUCCAAGGUGGAGCCACGACACAGUGUUAUAGAAGACCUACUUCUCAACUGGCAGUCUGGACAAGACACAAAACCCAUGAAGAUGCCAUCAAAUGCGGUCUUUCAGCCACAGAAACGCCAUAUUGAUGCCAUCAGCGAAAAGCGUGAUUUCUUGGGGCAGUCGAAGGUCGUUGCUGAAAAUGAAGUCACAAAGUUCCCCAGUACUCGCUCAAGAACCUCCACGACUCAGCCUCCUUCUCCGUCUCUUCUCAAAGAUGCAGAAAAUGAACAAUCUUCUGAACAGCACCCCCCUGAAGCUGGACAGGUGGCUUCAGGAAGACACGCAUUGUUAAACGACUUGCGGAAGAAAGAAACUCGUCGUUCACUGAAGAAAGUCUCCUCUCGGAUAGAACCACCAAGGAAGCCGCUCCCAGGCAUUCCCGACAGGCCAGAGAGUCCUCGUCGUCCCCCGCCUUCUCCGCGCGCUUCCCAUACCCCGAGAUUUAUGGCUGAGUCUCGUUCCCCGCUGCCUCGCAAGAGAGUUAGUAGUCCGUUUAGGCCUGUAAUCCAAACUGAGAAUAGACGAGCUUAUUCUGCGUUUGAAAUGAAACCACCAGCCAAGCCCUUACCUCCAGCUCCAAGAUCUAAAAGCCCCCUUCCUACACGAAAAAUAUCGUUGCCAGCUCAAUUCAAUCAAGAAAGUGACGUCACAGUCAAGUUUCAGUUGGUUCUCACGCGAUCUGUUAAAGUGGGCCAAUCAGCCUCGGCCCAGGACCUUUUGAGAGCUGCGGCCAAUACUUUUCAAAUGUCCGAGGAUUCCUUUGAAUUAUGGUACAUGAAGGACGACCAGCUCAGCUCUCUCCAUAAUCAGAAUGUGGAAGAAAUACUCCGGUCGUCAACAGUCCAAACGGUGUUCUGUUACGAAAACAAACCUGAGUGAAAAAGCUUUUUCAUUGUCAUUUACGUCAGCUAAUUGAUCACUCUGUCUGAUAUUAUUCAUUUUCAAAGAAUCGAGACAGUUAUUUAAGUUACUUACUACUUUCAUUAAAUUACUCAAAGGGCGAGUCACUGUAGUAUCGAUCAUUACUUACAUGCACGAGGUACACACAUUUUCUCUUUUAUGACUGGUUAAUUUGAAGUCAUGUUUUAUGCACCACACCAGACAGAAGUACGCUUUCACUUAAGGAAUCUCAUUGGCGAGAUAAGUUGUUCGAUAGCUCAUAAAGACGCUUUAAACUUUUCGGUUAUCGAGGGAGUAAACUCGAAAAGUUUGAACAUCACUCGCGACCAGCUCGUGAUUUACAAACUUUGCGCGUAUUCUCUCAAUAUCCCGUGUGAGUUAGCACGCCAGUAAACGUAUAGAAAGUGCGGUCUAUUUCUGAAAUGGACCAGUAAAAAGGUUUCACAUAAGUGUUCUGUAGAGAACUUGACUUUCGCGUAUCAGUUUCUGUGAGCUUUAAAAGAUGACUUUCACUCCGUUCAAUCCACAAACCCAGAUAAUUUAUAUUUAGAUCAGACUAGUUAGAUUUCUAACAGUUUACAAAAAGCUUGGAGUUGGUUGGGUCUAAUUGUUUUCUUUGUUCUAACUAAUUCAGGUGAAGCGGCAAUAGGUGUUUUAGUUAACUAAAUACUUCGCAGCUGUUGCUUUGGAUGCAACGCAACUCUUCCUUGAAAGAAUUCUUGAAAAUUCAUCAAGUGGAAGUAAGGUUUUUUUUAGCUUGUUUGUUUGUCUUUUGUUGCUUUUUUCCUGGAAUGUAUAAUUUCUCCUGAUCACGUGAGUGCUCACCAGUAAUUUUUCGCCUUAUUUGUAGAGUUAUUUAAAAGUAUAUAAUGAGAUGUGACAAAGUGCAGUUCAUGUGAAUCGUUCGCGUUUCUCUGUGGUAACCUCUAUGUAAUGCCACUAAUAAGGGUGUAUUUUUCUUGAAAAUGAAAUCAAUCGAGAGUAAAUCAGUAGCAGUAUGAAUUUUUAAAAUCUUCUUGUACAAUAAAUAUUUUUAGACGAUUAAAUGAUUUAAAUUCAUUUAUUACCAAGGUGUAGGAAAUAAACAAAUCUGAGACAGUG